AUGACGGCGUUCUCGGAGAUCGACGACUCCAAGCUCCAGGCGCUUGCACUGGGGUCUCCCGACGUGGCGGCGGCCGCUGCCGCACCCAAGCCCAAGAAAACGUCGUUGCGCAGUCUUCUCGGUCUCGGUGCAGCCCACGAGGAUCUCGCUGAGACCUCCGCCACCACCAGCGCCGCCAAUGCCAGCACCACCAGCGCCUACGACGAGGAUCUCACUGCGUACCUCCUGGACCUGGAGUCCGACCUCAACUUCGACCCCAAGGCCGAGGAGAGCGAGCACGACUACCGCCACGGAGGCUACCACCCUGUGGCCAAGGGCGAGACCUAUUACCUGCGCAAGCUCCCCCAGCGUGAGUACAUCAUUCUCCGCAAGCUUGGCUGGGGACACUUUUCCACCGUGUGGUUGGCGAAGUCGCGCUACAACGCCAGUCUCGCGCGUUCUGGUGCUAGUGCUGGUGCCACCACCACCGACACGGCCGAGCGCUACGUGGCCAUCAAAUUCGUCAAGUCCCACAAGAACUACAUCGAGGCUGCCGAGGACGAGAUCCGUAUCCUCAACACCCUCAACAACCCUGCCGCCAACGCCCUGCACCUCCAGGCAGGCCACUUCCAGGUGCCUUCUGCCAACGCCCAAGGAUACAAGCACGUGAUGCGCCUCCUCGACGACUUCGAGGUGGUGGGCCCCAACGGGUGCCACAUCGCCAUGGUGUUCGAGAUCCUAGGCGAAAACGUGUUGAACUUGAUCCACAAGUACAAGCACUUCUACAACGACGUGUCCAAGGAGCUCGCGAAAAAAGACCAAGCCGACAAACCCGCCAGGCCCUACGCCGACGACCCUGUCAGCCCAACCGACACCUCCGGCAUCAAGUUCUCCAAAUUGGACGCCAAACCCAAAAAAACCACCAAGUCCAAGCUCAGCAUGGGGCUCAGCCUCAACCUCGGACUAAACCUUCUGAAAAACAGACUCCACACCCUCAACUCCGAGUCGUUGAUGGGGUUGAUCCAGCGCCAGAAAAACGCAGGCGCCAUUCCUCUCAGCUUCGUACGCCAAAUCGUCAGGCAGAUGUUGUUGGCCAUGGACUACGUCCAUCGCUGUGGCAUCAUCCACACCGAUCUCAAGCCAGAAAAUAUCUUGGUUGAGGUCAAGGACGUCAACAACCUCAUUCGAGUGCUCGAGCACGACGAUAUCGCCAGAAGCAACAGUAUCGACGCCAGAACCAAGGCUGCUGUCAGAAAGAAUUCGGCAUCGGCAUUCCAGGGAGGGCCCAAAAAAUUGGUGAGACAGGGCACCUCGGAGUCGAUCAAGUCCCGUAACUUAUCGAUUGCGUCCACUGGCAGCUCCCAGAUCAGUGGCUUGUACAAAAAGUCAAGAAACUCCACCAGCUGUGAAUGUCCCGUAAGGACAUCCAAGCCGUUGAGCUCGUCCUUGAACAACGAUGUCUUCUUCAAGGAAGUUUCGUACGACUCGCGUUCAAGAGUCCCCAAAUCAUUCAGUCCACUCUCGAAAUCCAAAUGGCAAAACUCAAAAACCAGCGACGAAUCCAUCUCGAUCAAGAUCGCUGAUCUUGGCAACGCUACCUUCUCCCACAGCCAUUUCACCAACCAAAUUCAAACCAGACAGUACCGCUCGCCAGAAAUCAUUAUGAAGUACAAGUCUUGGGGUGCUUCCACCGAUAUGUGGUCGAUUGGCUGUAUUAUUUUCGAGCUCAUCACAGGAGACUAUUUGUUCGACCCUUGUAAUGGCAAGUUUUUCGACAAGGACGAGGACCACCUUGCACAAAUCAUCGAGCUUCUUGGGGCGUAUCCCUCCGACGAAUACUUGAUCGACUCCAAGUUGACUUCCAAGUUUUUCAAGCUUGAUCCUGCCACCAACAAGGUAGUGCUCAAAAACAUCGACUCACUCAAGAUGUGGGGCUUGGAGGAUGUCCUUGUGGAAAAGUACAAAUUCGACAAGGACGACAUCCAGGUCAAACUUAUUAGCGAUUUGAUUCUCAAGUGCUUGACGUUUAACCUCCAUGAGCGUUUCGACUGCGGCUCCUUGCUCAAACAUCCAUGGUUGAGAGACGGUGAGUACACCGAAGACAUGUUGGACGAAAUCAACCAUAUGGUCAACAACCACGAAGGGGUCCCAGGCUUUACCGACGUCUGGGGCGAGGAAUACUGA